AUGAGCAACAGCCUCUUCCCUGUGGGGGAGUGGAGUGGAUUCCUUCCAACAUUCCCGCCAAAUCUUGGACACACAAAGCUCUCUUCUCACGACCAUCCCACAGCCAUGUUUAUGCGCCAGGUGACGCAAACCGCCAAACGACGCAAAUUCAUGUCCACAAUGCGCCUGGUUUUUGACUUUGAUGGCACAAUCACCCAGAGGGACACCAUUGGUGAACUGGCCCAGGCGGCCGUCAACAUCCAACGCCGUCGUACUGCUCGUGACCUACAACCAGCCUGGGACCACGCCGUGAAAGCCUAUCUCCAAGAUUUUGAGUCGUACAAGACUAGCUUCAACCCGCCUGAAUCCAAAAGGCGAGAUGUCGCAUCAGAGAAGCGAUUCCUGUCCGGGAUGAAGGGUGCUGAAGAGGCCUCGCUGUCUAGAGUAUCGGAGAGUGGCAUCUUUGCUGGACUUGGACCAGACGACUUGUUUCAAAUGGGCGUGGAUGCCGUCUCAUCGGGACGCGUGGCAGUCGCAGAGGGAUUUGAAGAAUUAUUGAACUGGGCCAAAUCUCGGGGCCUAGACGUCGACAUCAUCUCAGUCAACUGGUCCACAUCGUUUAUCAAGGGUGUUCUUCACCCGCAUCGCCUUCGUGUCGUUGCAAAUGACAUUGCUGAAAGUGGACAGAUUCACGGCCCACAGUCGACGGGUUCCAGAAUCACAACGGCGCCCGAUAAGUUGAAGGCUCUACAGCAAAUAGUACCCACUGGACAGCAACUUUUGUACUUUGGCGACUCUACUACCGACCUGGAGUGUCUCCUCUACUCUCAUGGCGUCGUCAUGGCCAAGGACGGGACGUCCUCGCUGCUCAGUACACUAUCUCGUAUAGGCAUCGACGUUCCACACAUCGGAAGCCUGCAGGAGAACACAAAUGCCAAACUCUUCUGGGCUUGCGACUUCCGACAAGUUCAAAGCGGAAUCCUGCGACAGUGA